AUGGCGGCUUUCGGCGGCGGCGGCGCCGGGAGGGGAGGGGUCGGCGGGACGAGGGUCGUCGGGGACUACAUAUUCGGGCGGAUGAUAGGGCGGGGAUCGUUCUCUGACGUGUGGCUCGCGCGGCACCGCGUUCACGGGACGGAGGUGGCGGUGAAGGAGAUUCCCAUGGAGAGGCUGAGCAAGAAGCUCCAGGAGAGCCUCCUAUCCGAGAUCGUCAUACUGAAGAAGAUCGAGCAUCCUAACAUCAUUGCACUAUACGACAUCAUCGAGGUGACCAUCCGUUUCUUCUCGCAGAUCAUUUUCUCUCGUUUGGGGAUUUUCGUGUCGAGACGUAGCCGGUCGCUCUUCCUACCACGCAUCCUCUUUAGUUUUAAUGCCGGUGAAAAAUUAGCCGCCAUGAGGUCUCCCUCGUCACAUCGGCUGAGCAAAAAUUUCCGGUGCAAUGCAACUUGCGAUGCGAAAUUUCAAUCAGCCGACCGACCGAUGCCUCUCCCCGUGCAAUUUUUAGGGGGAAAUAUAAAUAAGACGGUAUACAGCCGUCAACGUGAAUAUCUGUUCCUCAUCCCUAUCUGCCCAUCGCCGUGGCCUUCCUCUCGCCGUGUACUGCUUUACGGACAUCGUUGGGUAUUUAGAGCCAUCUCAGGUCGUGCAUGGGAGAACAUAAGUCACCAAGUUCCUGUUCAUGGCUGGAAACUUGGAAGAUUCCUUCACUGGGCAGCUUCUCUGCCGGCUGGUGAUGAAUAUCAGAAUUGCUUUCUACGUGUAAAUGUUCCAUCAAUUUGAGAUCAGUGUGCAGAAUUGCAUGCCCGAGGAUCAAGGCAACCAGGAAAGAAAAUAAAAAAAAUGAAGGCACUUACUCGAACUGUUCAAGAACACUUACUGUUCAAGAACACUUACUCGAACUGUGUCCCAACAUCAGACCCACACUAUUUGGGUUACCUUUCCAGCUGCUUAGUUUUGAUAACUUUGCAAAAUGCAAUGUACGAGAGAUUUUGAGAGUGGAAAGUCUUAGUUGAGCGGUAUCUCAAGGUCAGCCAGGCCCAGCCCAUCUUGAACUGGUUUCUGUCUGCAUCACUUCGAUCUGUUCAUGCUGGGAUCCUUUUGGCGACUGCCGUACUAACUAACUCAGAGACCACCCAGAAUGCUUGUCGAUGAAUGUUGACCUGCAGCUCUUGGUUUGGGCCUCGGUUGAUAAACCAACUCACAUGGUCGAGACCGUAAUUCAUGCUGACAAAAUGAUCUUACAGAAGAUAUGCGAUUUGGCUUUGAGGGUCAGGAUCUCUGAGAUGAAGUUGGCAAGAAUCUACCCUCACCAUUUUCAUCACUAUUUUCAUGCCCUAUUUUCGUCACUAUUUUCAUGCUCAACUACGCUGCAUAGAGACUUAUGUGUAAUGUUCUUUCCAGUGUCCAAAAACGAUAUAUAUUGUUUUGGAGUACUGCCGAGGUGGUGAUCUAUCCAUGUACAUUCAGCGCCACGGAAGAGUUCCAGAAGCAACAGCAAAAUACUUCAUGCAACAAUUAGGUAUGAUAGAAGACAAUUUAAUUCGAUGUGCUAUGUUUUUCAUUUCUCUCAUCUGUACAUUACCUCUUUCGUAGACUAGGAAACGUCUUCUCAUAGCUUACUACUAAAAAGCUUUGUUUCCCUUUCAGCCAAUGGUUUGCAGGUCCUUCACAGACACAAUCUUAUCCACCGGGAUCUAAAACCACAGGUGUGGGCAGUUCACACAUCUCCUCCUUUAGCAUGGCACAGGCUGCAAAGUUUACCUCUUUCAGAAUUAUAUUUGACGUAUGUGCUAGAUGCUUUCUUGCAUUAAAUCAAUAUGCCCAUCUCUGUGAAAACGCUUCUCGUUGUGAUAGAUAGCAUGAGUGGUGUACUUCUCAUUGUUCCCUUGAAUUAUGCAGUAUACUUGGGAAGCAAAUCCCCCACAUUUUCAGUAUUUGAGCUGUGGUGCCAAGUUAUUUUCUCCCGAAUAUUUCUUUCUAAAAUGCCAUUCAAAUGUUAAACUCUUGUUUUGUCUUUUUCUGCAUAUUAAUCUCUUUAACAAAUACUAUGAACUCGGGUCUACGGUAGCCCGUAGCUUUGCCCUUUAAAGCACUGGCCUGACCAAACUAUAGUUGAUGUUUUGCACAGUUUCGGUCCGUUUCUGCUCUUUAUCAGACCAUGGAAUUCAUCUUUUCUUUGAUGGCCGUGAAAUGUGAUGUCCCAGUGUUUGACAUGCACUCACGCGAAGUUCAUAUUUGCUGGUUUUCUCUUACUGUCCAGCUUAGUUACCUGUGAAAUGAUAUAAAAAUGGAAUAUGCGCCUGCCCAUGUCAUUGUUAUCUCGUGCUCAUUGCCUUCUUCUUUUGAACAGAAUCUUCUGCUGUCCUCGAAUGAUGUCAACGCUACGCUGAAGAUUGCUGACUUUGGUUUUGCAAGGUGAAGUGCUUCUGUCAAAAGAGUCAAUUAUUCUGUAUGUUACAGGUGACCAGUCGAUUGUUUUUAGUUCCUACAUGUUGCUCUACCUGUCGAAUGAAUCCCCUGGUCUGUGCACAACGGUUUCAACCUCACUCUGUUCGAUUUAUCUUCUGAGACCUUCUUAUGUGCAAAACAUAUAUAUAUAUCUAUAUCGUGCGCAGAACUUGGAGGGUUAAGUGAAGGGGAUAUGGUAAGGUAAAAUGUCUAGGGGUGGGAAAACCUCAUUUCACUUCUCGAGUGCUGGGUUGAUCAGUGAUGAAGCUUGAAGAUUGAUGCUAAGAAGAAAUUGGGACUUUGGAAAAUUUUGGGUGGUCCAACAUUCAUUUGAAAAAGACAGCCAGCCGUUCACUACUUCAAGUUAAUGAAUAAUAUCCACAAAAAACUCCCAUACCUUCUCUGAUGGGGAAAUUACUCUUCAUGAAUACCCCAAAUCCCUGUGUGGUUUGAGUGCAAACAGAAUAAACGAUUUUGUUUUAUAAUCUUACUUUUUUAGCCUGAGAAAGUUGUGGUGAAUCAGAAUAUACAAGGUUUUUUUUUUUUACGGUGGAUUAAUUAUUUUUUUUCAUAAAAAAAAUGAGCUAAUACAAAAGUUCAUACCUUUGAGAGAUGAUUUACCAGAGUAUCAACAGUGGAAUUUUUUGACCAUCUCCAGGCCUCUACAGCCCCGGGGUCUGGCAGAGACUCUCUGUGGUUCUCCUCUCUACAUGGCACCAGAAAUAAUGCAACUGCAGAAAUAUGACGCCAAGGUGAUUUGUAUCCUCUGAUAGGAAAUUUCCCUCUGAGAUGGCUGUCAUUCUGAAAUCAGGCUGUACUCGUUACAGGCAGACCUCUGGAGCAUUGGUGUCAUAUUGUUCCAGCUUGUGACUGGGAAAACUCCAUUCAAUGGAAAUAGUCAGAUCGAGGUGCCUAUUGUUCUCUCUUAAUUUCUUAUCAUAAUCUGUUGAAUGCGAAUAUUUGCCAGAAACUUUAACAGCUGUAUAGUCAAUAAAGGGGUCUCAUGUCUAUCUUUCUGUCGAUCCAGUUACUUCAGAAUAUUAUGAAGUCAACGGAGUUGCAUUUUCCUCCUGACAGCAAUGAUUUGAGCUUCGACUGUGUCAAUCUAUGUCAAAAGCUGCUGCGUCGAAAUCCAGGUUUUAUUGUGUUUCCAACACGUUCCUAUUUAUCUUAUCUGAAAAUAUUUUAUCUUUUCUAAAAUAUGGUGCAUUUCAUAAAAGGGAUUUCUUUCCUCCACAUGCUUGUUAUAAAUGGUGGAGAAUAACAAGGGUUUACUAGUCUAAAGUGGGUUUUCUCCUUGGGCAGUUGGAGAAAAAAUUCCAUAAAAAGCAAAAGAGAACUGAACAUAUUUUAUUUUAUUUUAUUUUAUUUUUUGUUGAGAAAUUUAUGAUCAGACCCUAGAGGAGAACUUUCGGUAAGAUAAUUUUAUGAAAAUGAAUGACGAUUACCUCUGGCUGUUUCUCUGUCAAAUUGUAAAGCCCUUACCUUUUUCCUCUUUUCUGAACACAAUUCAUAUUCCUUCCAGUCGAGCGGUUGUCGUUUGAAGAAUUCUUCAACAACAGGUUUCUCUCAGAUCAACCGCUGGACGAGCCACUAAGGUGA